AUGGCGAACCGCUAUGAGGAAAAUCAGUUUCUCAGAGCCAUAGGAGUAUCUUCAAAUGAUCUGCUAAACAAAUCUAGAAGUCCAGUUCGAAGACGUAAUAAGAAGAUCAGUUACAAUAAUUUGUGUCGAAUAGUUCGUAGAGAAAUGUUAAGUAGACCGAUAUGUAGGAAAUUGCGACCAUGGCCAGAUCCAGAACUAGAGGGCCCUUUUGUGAUUUCUCCUGCCGCUCUUAAAGCCAAAAUUACAGAUAGAUUAGAAUAUUUAUCGUGGCCUAAAAUAGAAAAUGAAUAUUGGGAAAGCUAUUAUUUUCCAACUACGUCAUCGAGAAACUAUAAAAAGAAAAUAAAAAUAAUUAGUGAUAGAUUAAUUGAACUAUCCCAGCCAAAACCAUUCAAAGAUGAUAUAAAAGAAAAAAUUGUAAGAAAACGUUUUAAAAAUGAAAUUGAAUGGCUCAAUUAUAUGGAAAAACUUAAAAUAUUUGGUGCAGCCAGACGACCACCGCCAAGCCCACUACCACCAAAAAGAAUCAAAAAACCAUUAGAAACAAUUAUGACGUAUCUAGAGCCGUUAUCUAAACCCGCAAAUCGUCCCCCGAACACCAAUGAAAAGACAAUUGAAGAAUUAUACACGAUUAAAAGUUCAGCUCUAAAAUACAAUGCCAGUGAUAGAACUAAACAUUUAGCUGUUGCUAAGCAAUUAAAUGAACAGACUUUGAUGGAUUUAAAUUACAAUCCACGAGAUAGACUCGUUAAUGCGAAAAAAUACAUUGCUUCAGAUAGGAUCAAAGAAUUGUCGACACCAAAAGUUAGAGAAACGCCAAAAACUGUUGAAGUUAAAACAAACGCAUUUUCAGUCAACCCAAAUGCUUUAAAAGCGUGGUGUUCUCCGAGAAUAAAACGAUUGGCCAGACCUAUCAUAAGAGAUUAA